UGGAAAGGAAUGAUUUCUUCACUUGAGCCCUCGACGAAGCCACUGGCUUGUUUGACUUCUUGUACUAAAAACACAUAUUCAAGAAUUUUAUGAAGUGACCUUACUGGAUAAUCCAAAAUGUAUAGAUCGUUCAAAGCCGUCUGAACCAAUUCAACCUGUGAAUACUUGGGAAAUUUCCAGCCUUCCAAGCUCUACUGUGACUUCAGAAACACUGCCAAGCAGCCUUAGCCCUAGUGUAGAGGAGGCUCACAGUAUCAGGUUGUUGCUCUUGUGGUGCUGAGUUGGAUUGCUUGAAGGUGGGGACCUCCAGAUCUUCCACGGGAAAGGUACGUUUUUCUUGUUGAUAUUGUGAAGUAUGUAUGGGGGUUGUACUUUGGCACCUUGUAGUGAGUCAGUUUCCCCCUAUUGGUGAUCAUUGCCAAAUCACUACAUUUGAGGUUUCAAAAUGUUAUUUUUCUCCCAGAUUUUAUCAUUGUGUCUGUAUUUAUUAGUUGGCAUUCUUCUGUAACACUCUUUUUCUUCAUCAACUAGGGAUGAACUUCUGUUCCUUCUAAAAAGACAGGCUAAAGUUUACAUUACUUUCUUUUAACGAUCAGUUAUUUGAGUAGCUUGUGUGAUAAUCCCCUCCAGAGGUUGCUAAGUUCCCCCUUUUUCUUGAUCUCUCUCUUUACAAAGUUAUCACUGUAUACUGAGAAAUUUUUAUUUACUAAAUGCUUACAUACAUUUAAGUUUGGGUGCUCAUAUUACUUCAUAUUUGACUAGACGAAUCACUGGAAGGAGUAUGUAUGUUUUCUUUGGAUAUGCUUUACUAGUCUUUGAGCAUGUCCUUGCCUUCCAACAAUUUUCCCAAGUUUAUUUUGAGUUUUCACUGCUCCUGAACUAGAAUCCACGCAUAACGAUGGUUUCCAUUUUUCUAUUCCUAGGGGUUGCUUUUUCUUUGAGGUGUUAUUUUUGAGAGGUAAGAAAGUGGACAGGCAGAUGACACAUUCUUCCAACUUUAGCCUUUUGCCCCAGAACUGGUAAAAUAAAAUUUGAGAAAUACCGCGUGAGAAGAAAGCACAUAUUGUAUUCAUUUAAAAAUAUUAAUGCUAAAUAUUAUAUUAAAAUAUUUUACAAUAUUAAUAUUUUUAAAUGAAUACAAUAUGUUUCGUCUUCCUUUCUUAAACUCACGUGUUCCACAGGAAUGGAUUAAAAUAAUAACCUUAUUUUUCAAAUAGCAUAGUUUUAAAAGGCACAUCACAUACAUUGUAAUAAUUUGGGAUGUCAGAGGAGCGUGAAUUCAUUCUUGCUAUAGCCUCCUAACAUACAUGAGGUGAGCCAGAUUUUGGUUCUUAAUACGUGGAGCUUAUACUGUGUUUACUUUAGAGUUGAUCAAACUGUCAUUCAGGGAUGUUGGUACUGCCCAACCUUGCGGUAUUACCCUAUAGAAAAACUGAUUAGAAUUCAGAACCUCAGGCUUCAAGACUGAUGUUUCUGUUUUUGUUUAAUAACUUUCUUGGCAAUUGGACUUGUUACCUAGACAAAGGAAAAUAUUGCAAUAAAGUUAAAAUAAGGAGAGAAAGAAUUAGUUUUAAUAGAGAUAGAAGUGUAAUAGGCAACGUUUAUUUUUUAAAUAAAGCUGUAGAAAUACAGUAAUAUGUGGUAUGAUGAUGUUUUGGCCAGCCACAGACCAUGUUAAGUAGGAUCCCUUAAGGUUAUAAUCAAGCUGAGAAAUUUAUAUCUCCUAGUGACAUCAUUGUAGCACGAUGUAUAUCAAGUGUUUGUGGUGAUGCUGGUAUAAAUAAACCUGUUCUGCCAGUCAUAUAAAAGCAUAGCACGUAUAAUUAGGUACAGUACGUACUUGAUAAAUAUUAAUUAUGUUACUAGUUUACUGUACUUUUAAUAGUUAUUUUAUAGAGUGCACUUCUACUUAUUUUAGAAAAAAAAUUAACUGUAAAACGGCCUCAGGCAGGUCCUUCAGGAGGUAUUCCAGAAGAAGACAUUGUUUUCGUAGGUGGCGAUAGCUCCAUGCAUGCUAUUGCCUCUGAAGACCUUUCAGUGGUACUAUCCAGUGAUACUGAUGAUUCUGACCCUGGGUAGGCUCAAGUUAAUGGGUGUGUGUGUGUGUGUGUGUGUGUGUGUGUAACAGUAUUUAAAAGUGUGUGUUUGUAUUUAAACAGUAAAAAAAAAAAUUAAAAAAUAGAAAAAAGCUUAUAGAAUCAGAAUAUAAAGAAAGAAAAAAUUUUGUACCGCUAUACGGUGUAUUUGUGUUUUAAGCUAAGUGUUAAGGUGAAAGAGUCAAAAAGUUAAAAAAUUUAAUUUAUAAAGUAAAAAGGUUACAGUAAGCCAAGGUUGAUUUAUUACUGAAGAAAGAAAAACAUGUUUCUAUAAAUUUAGUGUAGAUCAGCCUGGGCAGCAUAGGGAGACCCCAUCCCUACAAAAAAAAAAAAAAAAAAAAAAAAGUUAGGCGUGGUUGUUGGCUUCAUGCCUGUGGUCCCAGCUAUGUGGGAGGAUGAGGUGGGAGAAUUGCUUGAGCCCAGGAGGUCAAGGCUGCAGUGAGCUGUGAUCAGUCCACUGCAUUCCAUCCUGGGUGACGGAGCAAGACCCUGUCUCCAAAAAAAGAAAUGUUAUAAGAUAAGUGGAACAACUGUCAUAUUAUGCCAAAAAAAAAGAGCUGUUAAUCUAGGAGAAAAGUCAGCAAAACUUUACACAGUUACUGAGAAAAUAAAAGGCUAUGUGAAAGCUUAAGUAUGUCACAUUGGUUAGACUUAUGUGUUCCUAGAAGACACCCCCAAUUAGUUUUGAAUUAUAAGUUUUGAUUAUGUGACAUUUUCAGUAACUCAUCAUUUAAAUAAUCUUGAUUGCUGUAUAUCUGUAUCUGUGCUUAUUACUAUUUUUAGUAUUAGAACAGGGAUAUGUGCUCCUAAACCUCUUCCCCCCUCCUGUUUUUUAGAUUUCCAAAGUGAUACGUGUUUAUUGCAAAAUUUCGUAACUUUAUAGUUUUCAAUUAUGUGAAAGUCAUAUCAGAGAAUAAAUACUAAGAGCUUCUGUUAUGCUCUUAAUCCUUUUUUCUUUUAGAAUCUCACUCUCCUUUUUCAUUAUGGAAUAUCUAUAACCUCUUUCUCUGUCUUGGGCCUCUGUUCCCCUCUUUAUUUUAUCCUGUAAAUAUGUUCAAAGAUUCCAUUAGAAAAACAGACAAACAGAAAAAAGUACUUCUCAGUAGGACCCUAAGUAAUAAUAAACAUACAGGAUUAGCUGAACAAAUACAUACCAAAUGGUUAAAAGAGGUUAUCUCGGGAAAAGAAUAUAAAAAAAGACUUUCAACAUUAUGCAUCUGGCUUUAUAAGUGUGUUUAAGGUGUGCCUGAAUUACCUGUGUAGUUAAUUUUUUUUAAGGUAGAUAAAGGAAAAAAGAGAACAGUUAAUGUGGAGAAGGAGGGUCAGAAUCUAGGUUGCAGAAUAUUGGGAAUGGGAAGAAAAGGAAGAAAAAAAGGCAAACUACGUUUUCAAGAAGCUUAGCUAAGAAGAGAAGGAAUGCUAUAGGGUCCUACUAAGAAGUGCUUUUUCCCCGUCUUUCUCCUAAUGGCCUCUGUGAACAUAUUCUAUUUACAAGAUAAAGUGAAGAAGGGAACAGAGGCCCAAGAUAGAAAAAGAGAUUAUAGACAUUGUAUGAAGGGAGAGUGAGAUUCCAAAAGAGAGAAGGAUCCAAGGGCAUAACAGAAGCUGUUCGCAUAUGUUAUCUGAUUUUUUGGUGGCAUUUGCUACUCUCUACUCUGCUUUUGAACAUUUUUUAUCUUCUUGGCAACUAUUUGACCUGUUGGUUUUCCUUCAUUUUGUGUUAUUUUUUAAAAAUUUUAAUCAUGGAGAAACUGUAGUGAAUAUUAUAAAUAUCCAUGUAUUUACUACUACCUCAAGAAGAUAAAAGAGUGUAAGUAUAGUUGAAGUCUCGUGUUCUCCACUGUAAUCACAUUCUCCUGCCUUGUUCCCCAGAAUUAACCUCUGUCUUGAAUUUGGUUUUUGUCACUCACAUGUACUGUUUAUAGUUACAGUUUUCUUUACCUUUCUUGUGCCUGGGAUUCAUUGAGUUUCUUGGAUCUGUGGGUUUAUAGUUUUUACCUACUUCUGACGUUUUUCACCAAUUAUUUUUACAAAUAUUUUUUCUCUUCCUUCCCCUUUGCUUUCAGGGGUUCCAGUACAUGUAUAUUGGUUUGAUUGACUUUGUCUACAGUUCACUGAUCUGAUUAAUCUUUUUUCAGCCUUUUUCGUUGGUAUGUUAAAUUUUAGACAAUUUCUGUUGCUAUGUCUUCAGUUCAUUGAUCUUCUCAAGUAUCUAGUAUACUGUUAAUCUCAGUCAGUUUUUUAUUUCAGACAGUUUAUCUCUAGAAGCUUGAUUUAGUUUCUGUUUUCUUCUCCUCUCCCUCUCCCUUUUUUUGGAGACAGGGUCUUGCUGCGUCGCCCAGGCUGCAGUGCAGUGAUGCGGUCAUGGCCCACUGCAUCCUCAGCCUCCUGGCUUCAAGCAGUUCUGCUGCCACUGCCUCCCAAGUACCUGGGGCUACACAUGUAUACCACCAGGCUGGGCAAAUUUUUUUUUUUUUAAUUUUUUGGCAGAGAUGGGGUCUUGCUGGAUUGCCCAGGUUGGUCUCAAUAGUUUCGUUUUUAUUGUUGUCUAAUUAACACACUCAAGCUUUUCUCUAUCUUCAUAAACAUAAGGGACAGAGUUAAGGUAACUUUUAAAAUGGUUUUGUCUACUGAUUCUAUUAUGUGUCAUUUCUGGGUCAGUUUUUAUUGAUUGAUUUUUUUCUCUUCUCUGGGUUGUAUUUCCUUGCUUCUUUACAUGCUUGGCAAUUUGGAUGAAUUUGGCAGACAUUGUGAAUUUUACCUUUUUGGGGGCCUAGAUAUUUUUGUAUUCUUUUAAAUAUUCUUGAGCUUUGUUUUGGGAUGUAGUUAAAUUACUUGGAAAGAGUUUGAUCCUAUUCAAACUGCUUUUUUGUUUGUUUUUGAGACAGAGUCUUGCCCCGUUGCCCAGGCUGGAGUGCAGUGGCGUGAUCUCAGCUCACUGCAACCUCCGCUUCUUGGGUUCAAGUGAUUCUCCUACCUCAGCCUCCUGAGUAGCUGGGAUUACAGGCAUGCGCUACCACGCCUGGCUAAUUUUUGUAUUUUAGUAGAGACGGGGUUUCACCAUGUUGGUCAGGCUGGUCUUGAGUUCCUGAACUCGUGAUCCACCCUCCUUGGCCUCCCAAAGUGCUAGGAUUACAGGUGUGAGCCACCGCGCCUGGCUGCUUUUAAGCUUUUUCAGUGGGACUGAGCAACGUUUGGUUGUGGAAGGCUAUCCCCACUGCCCCAUAUAUUAUGAGUUUUCAUUAUUCUUGGCCUUGCAUGAGCUCUGGGUUUGUUCCAUUUGCUGCUUUCUAAGAUUUUUUCCUCACCUUGAAGUUUCCUUACAUGCAUGUACUGAUCAAAACUAAUCUGAAGACUCGAGGGGAACUCUGCAGAUCUCUGGAGCUUUUUCUGUCCUGCUCUCUCCUUUCUGGUACUUUGACUUGUGAGUUUUAGCUCUGUGCGUUCUCAACACUUUCUCCUCAACUUAGACUGCCGGGUUUCGUUGAGUUUCCCACUUCUGCUACAGCCAGGAAACUUUUUCUGGGCAUUUACAGGACUCACCUCAUUAGUUUCUCUUCUCACAAGGAUCACUGUUUUGCACUUUGUCCAGUGUCUGAAAGUCAGUCUUUUCUUUUUUAUUCCAUUAUGGUUGGCAGCAAUUGCUUAUUUAUGGAAAGCCAUUGGUAUUCUAAAAUACUGUUAAUUAUCUUAUGUGCCUGUUAGGUGAAGUGUUGCCAUCCCAAAAGGCUUACAUUUCAAGUCCUUCUAAAGUAGCUCAGAUUACAGGGUGAUUUCUAAAUUACUUCUAACAGCAAAUGACCAUCUGAGGAGAACACAUAGGCUUGAAAUGUACCUUACUCAGUUCUAGUUGGGUGCUUACAGAUACUUACAGAAGAUGCAGUUAGUGUAGAAUUUUACACAAAUUGAAUAAUCAUUCCCUGAGUAUGGCCUUAAAACCUGUAAGUAUUAGAUAUAUGCAAGCUUUUUUGAAGGAUUACUAGGUAUAUUAAAAAAUAAUAUAGUAAGGGGUUAGUUACAUCAUGAAGGUUAUAAAUACAUGCCUACAGUACAGGGGAAAGUGGCUUCCUCUUCUGUGAAUGAGCACUACAAGUUGAGUAUUCCUUAUCCAAAAUACUUGGGACCAGAAGCGUUUUGGAUUUUGGAUUUAUUCGGAUUUUGAUAUUUGCAUUAUACUUGUUGGUUGAAUAUCCCUAAUCUGAAAAUUCAAAAUCUGGAAUGUGGCUAGGCACAGUGGCUCACCCUUGUAAUCCCAGCACUUUGGGAGGCCGAGGCAGGUGGAUCGCCUGAGGUCAGGAGUUCGAGACCAGCCUGGCCAACAUGUGAAAACCCCAUCUCUACUAAAAAUACAAAAAUUAGCUGGGCGUGGUCGUGGGCGCCUGUAAUCCCAGCUACUCGGGAGGCUGAGGCAGGAGAAUCAUCACUUGAACCUGGGAGGCAAAGGUUGCAGUAAGUUGAGAUUGUGCCAUUGGACUCCAGCCUGGGCAACAAGAGUGAAACUCCAUCUCAAAAAACAAACAAACAAAAAAAAGAUAAAAUCUGAAAUGCUCCAGUGAGUAUUGUCUUUGAGUGUUAUGUUGGCACUUAAAAGAUUUUUGGAUUUUGGAGCAUUUGGAUUGUGGAUUUUUGGAUUAGGGAUACUCAAUCUGUAGUAGUAAUUUGGGAUAAAUGUUCAAGUGACAUUGUAGUUCAGAAAGGGCCGUAUCUCAAACAACUUAGACUGUAUAAAACUGAUGUUUGAGGUCACAUAGAUUAGAUCAUUAAAAAAUGGUUGUAGUUAUGAUGACCCUAGACAUCGGAGAUGAAUGUGAGGAGUUUGACUAAAAUUGUUCUUUGAAAUGUGACUGGAAUAAUACAUUAGACAUACUAUUUUAAUGUGUUGUUAAGUAAUUAUAUGUUAACUGAUUAAUUUAGAUAUUUGACUAUUUCAUCUUAUUCUUACAGGUUUAUAAUUGAGUUGGCAAACUUUUAUUUUUGCUGGGAAAAUGGAAUGUCUAAUUUUCAGGAUUGUUUCAGGCUGUUUUCAAUUUUGUAAUCACUUAUAGUUUAAAUAUUAGAAAGGCCACUCAUUAAUUCAACAAACAUUCUGGUCACCAUGCCAUCCCCCAAGGUGAUGGGGAUAAAGUGGUAGGUAUGGGAGACAUUUCUUUUCUUUUUCUUUUUCUUUUGAGAUGGAGUCCCGCUUUGUCGCCUAGCCUGGAGUGCAGUGGUGAGAUCUCGGCUCACUGCAAUGUCCACCUCCUGUGUUCAAGUGAUUCUCCCACCUCAGCCUCCCGAGUAGCUGGGAUUACAGGCGUGCGCCACCACGCCUGGCUGAUUUUUGUAUUUGUAGUAGAGAUGGGGUUUCACCAUGUUGGCCAGGCUGGUCUCGAACUCCGGACCUCAAGUGAUCCUCCCACCUUGGCCUCCCAAAGUGCUGGGAUUACAGGUGUGAGCCACCAUGCCCAGCCUUAUGAGACAUUCUUGAGUCUUGUCCUGUUGGACCUUAGAAUCCAACGGAUUUAAAAACUGAAACAUAGGCAUUGUAUAAAUUCAAGGACUCUUAAGAUUCAUUGAGUUUUUUUAUUUUACAAAAGGAGAAGUUGAGACCCUCCUUCGACCCCCCGAAGAAGAUGACUACUUAAGUUACACAGGCUGAAUGCUAUUUCUAACUUGCCGUAGUGAUUUUCAGCCUUUUCUAUUAUGAAGUCUGCCAAACCUAGGGAUGCCUGCCCUCUCUGGGCUAGACUACUCUAGAUGUAAUAAAAAUUUCACAAGAGAAAUUUCAGAAUACUAAGAGAGCAACCAGGUAAAGGGUUUUACAUACCUCCUUAUUUUUCUUCACAAAAUGCAAUGCCUAGUCAGUACUUAGGUAUCACUUCUAUUGUUUUCAGUAUUCUGCUUAAAAAUGAUAAACUUUAUUUAAGGAGUUAUGAGCCUUGAGCCUUGUAUGAGCUUUAUUCUUUCAUAUUGGGAGCAAAUGAUAAUUGCAGGGGUGGGGUGGGGAAAAGGGAGUGCUCAACAGAGCAUGUAAUUUCCAGGCUGUAUCCUGCAUGGGGUGAGGGAUGUGUUGGCGCAUGAUGACAUUUACAUAGCUACAUACAUAUGUAUUUAGGUCUGAGAGGAGAAAACAAACCAUUUUUUUCCGUCUACUCUCAACACAGCACACUUCUGUGCUGACUAGAUGUAUGAGGAGGUUUUUGGUGAAGCUUUUCCAGUGGACACCUACUGGGUGUCCUAUAAUUCAAUUCUGACACUAUCUACUUGGAGAUAAUAGUAGUCUCUAAGUAAAUACAAUUCUGGCAGCAUCUACUUGGAGAUAGUAGUAGCCUCUGAAGUGUAGUGUCAGAUCCCACAGGUUGGGGGCUCAGCCCCACAAGACUGCCCCCAUUUAGAUGGCAGUUACAAAUAGUAGAUUGUGACCUAUGCUUCUGACUGACUAGUUUUAAAUUGGGGUUCACACAACCCCCUCCUUGGGGUUGAUUAAUUUGCUAGGAUGGCUUACAGAGAACUCAGGGAAAUGCGUUUACCAGUUUAUUAUAAAAGAUGUUAUAAAGGAUACAGAUGAACAGCCAGAAAAAGAGAUACAUAGGGCAAGGUCUGGAAGGGUCCCAAGUGCAGGAACUUCUAUCCUGGUAGAGUUGGAGUCCUCAGCCUUCCCAGCUUGCCUUUGCCAACCCAAAAGCACAUCAUAUGUUGUUAAGAGUUUUUAUAGAGCUUGAUCUCCAGCCCCCAACCCCUGCCCCUUUCCCGGAGGUUGUUGGGUGGAGCUGAAAGUUCCAACCCUCUAACCCUCUAAUCCUCUAAUCCCGUGUCUUUUUGGUGAUGAGCCUCAUCCUGAGGCUUUCUAGGGGUGUCACUUUAAGUUACCUCAUUAGCAUUAGCUGUGAUCCAAAGGGCUUGUCAUGAACAAAAAAAGACCUUCCCAUUACUUAGGAAUUUCCAAGAGUUUUGGGUACUCUGUGACAGAAACAAAGACUGAAUGUAUUUCAUAUUAUACCACAAUAGCUGUAUAGCUGUAGCUGGCAUUUACUGAGCACUGUUGCACUAUUUAUUGCCACUAUUGACCUAACAAGUCAGCAUUAUUCUAAGUGCCCUGUGUAUAUUAUUUAAUCCUCACACAGCAGCCCCAUUAGAUAAAGUAAGGUAAAGUCCCAUUGGGCCUGUCUCAAGUAUAUCCUGUUAGGCUUUAAAUAAAAGGCUGUAAUUUGAUACAUAUUAAUAAUAGUAAUAACAUUGAUAAUGCUUACUAUUUGAUAGGUUCUACCAAAUGGUAUAUAUGUAUUAACUCCUUUUCAUAACCCUUACAGUGAAAUUUGGUUUAGUCUGAAAGUUGUUGAUGCAGUCCAUGUGUAUUUGAAAUGUUAGGAGGAGGAAUGGGGUAUAAGAGGCAAGUAGGAACAGUUCAGUUGUUUGAACUUGAGGUCAUUCAUAAUAUCUGUAAACUAUGAGGAAACUUUGUGGACAAAAAUUGCAGAUAAUACUCUUCCUUACGAUGCAUUAAAAAUUUUUUAGAAAAUUUUUUGGAUUUUAAAGGUUUUUACAGACAGGGUCUCACUCUGUUGCCCAGGCUGGAGUGCAGUGGUGCAGUUACAGCUCACUGCAUCCUCAAACUCCUGGGCUCAAGCCAUUGUCCAGUUUCAGCCUCCCAAGUAGCUAGGACUACAGGCGCAGGCCACCACAUGUAGCUAAUCUUACUAUGGCAUUUGCAUAGGGGAGUGUGGCUGGAAGCUUAUGACACUGAAAGCCAGUUGCAUAUCCCUCUGCCAUGUCUCUUGUCUGUUAGCCUGUCUAGCUCCAGUCCUAAUGAUCUUGGAGACAGGACAUGAAUUCACAAAGUUAGUUGACUUAAAAACGAAGACUUCUUGAGGAGUUUGAACGAUUACGUAGUUGUAACUAUCUUUUUGUGGUGGUUUUUUUUUGGUGUGUGGGGGAUCAGUGAAAUGGAUUUAGUAAGGCAAUAAAGUUAAAAUUUGCCUUUGUUGGUAAAAUGUUAUUUAUUGACAUUUUUAGCAAAGAAAAAAGGCAUGUUUUAGAGAUAAUAUUUUAGAUUAUUGUAUUUUGUUUUUCCUGCUCCCCUUCUCAAAAAACCACAUGGAAUAUUCCAUUCAUUACUGCUCGAGAAAGUCAUUACUUUGCAGGCUGCAGUUGCUGAAAUGGUUUAGUGGAAGAAAUGUUUGCUUGCAUAUUUUUAGUGAUUUUUUUUUUUUUUUCUUUGGUGGUUGUCAUUUGAGUAUCCAAACUGUAGCUAACAAGGAGAAGCAGGUUUAAAUUUAUAUCGGGGGAACCUCUUUGUGGAGCAUUUCAUCAGAUGACUUCCUGUCAACCUCAUAUCUUGAAAAGAGGGAUUAAUGAAACAGCAUCUGAAGAAGCAGUGGACUCUUGUGGAAUAAACCCUGACAUCUUCCACAGUGUUUUGUGGGAUAAUUUCAAGUUCUUCAGAUACAGAUUACAUAAAGAAGAUUGUAGGGCACGUGACAGACUCUGGUUUCUUGUAUUUUAGAUAGUAGAAAAAUUGCUACCUCUAAGAAUGGAUCCUGAAGAGAUCUAGUUACAGUUAUAACUUUUUCAUUUAUGGUUUUAUCUCACAAAUUUAUUUAUUUUUAUGUGCAUUUUUUGUUCAACUAGGCAACUUAAAAUAGUUUUGCUUUAUGUAUAAUAUAUUGUAAUGGUAGAGUAAUGGAUUGUCUGUGCAUUGUAACCACAAAGAAAUACAGGUAUCAGGAUGAAGAUACACCUCCUCAAGAGCAUGUUUCCCCACAAAUCACAAAUGAAGUGAUAGGUCCAGAAUUGGUUCAUGUCUCAGAGAAGAACUUAUCAGAGAUUGAGAAUGUCCAUGGAUUUGUUUCUCAUUCUCAUAUUUCACCAAUAAAGCCAACAGAAGCUGUUCUUCCCUCUCCUCCCACUGUCCCUGUGAUCCCUGUCCUGCCAGUCCCUGCUGAGAAUACUGUCAUCCUACCCACCAUACCACAGGCAAAUCCUCCUCCAGUACUGGUCAACACAGAUAGCUUGGAAACACCGACUUAUGUUAAUGGCACAGAUGCAGAUUAUGAAUAUGAAGAAAUCACACUUGAAAGGGGAAAUUCAGGGCUUGGUUUCAGCAUUGCAGGAGGUACGGACAACCCACACAUUGGAGAUGACUCAAGUAUUUUCAUUACCAAAAUUAUCACAGGGGGAGCAGCCGCCCAAGAUGGAAGAUUGCGGGUCAAUGACUGUAUAUUACGAGUAAAUGAAGUAGAUGUUCGUGAUGUAACACAUAGCAAAGCAGUUGAAGCAUUGAAAGAAGCAGGGUCUAUUGUACGCUUGUAUGUAAAAAGAAGGAAACCAGUGUCAGAAAAAAUAAUGGAAAUAAAGCUCAUUAAAGGUCCUAAAGGUCUUGGGUUUAGCAUUGCUGGAGGUGUUGGAAAUCAGCAUAUUCCUGGGGAUAAUAGCAUCUAUGUAACCAAAAUAAUUGAAGGAGGUGCAGCACAUAAGGAUGGCAAACUUCAGAUUGGAGAUAAACUUCUAGCAGUGAAUAACGUAUGUUUAGAAGAAGUUACUCAUGAAGAAGCAGUAACUGCCUUAAAGAACACAUCUGAUUUUGUUUAUUUGAAAGUGGCAAAACCCACAAGUAUGUAUAUGAAUGAUGGCUGUGCACCACCUGAUAUCACCAACUCUUCUUCUCAGCCUGUUGAUAACCAUGUUAGCCCAUCUUCCUUCUUGGGCCAGACACCAGCAUCACCAGCCAGAUACUCACCAGUUUCUAAAGCAGUACUUGGAGAUGAUGAAAUUACAAGGGAACCUAGAAAAGUUGUUCUUCAUCGUGGCUCAACGGGCCUUGGUUUCAACAUUGUAGGAGGAGAAGAUGGAGAAGGAAUAUUUAUUUCCUUUAUCUUAGCCGGAGGACCUGCUGAUCUAAGUGGAGAGCUCAGAAAAGGAGAUCGUAUUAUAUCGGUAAACAGUGUUGACCUCAGAGCUGCUAGUCAUGAGCAGGCAGCAGCUGCAUUGAAAAAUGCUGGCCAAGCUGUCACAAUUGUUGCACAAUAUCGACCUGAAGAAUACAGUCGUUUUGAAGCUAAAAUACAUGAUUUACGGGAGCAGAUGAUGAAUAGUAGUAUUAGUUCAGGAUCAGGUUCUCUUCGAACUAGCCAGAAGCGAUCCCUCUAUGUCAGAGCCCUUUUUGAUUAUGACAAGACUAAAGACAGUGGCCUUCCCAGUCAGGGAUUGAACUUCAAAUUUGGAGAUAUCCUCCAUGUUAUUAAUGCUUCUGAUGAUGAAUGGUGGCAAGCCAGGCAGGUUACACCAGAUGGUGAGAGCGAUGAGGUUGGAGUGAUUCCCAGUAAACGCAGAGUUGAGAAGAAAGAACGAGCCCGAUUAAAAACGGUGAAAUUCAAUUCUAAAACGAGAGAUAAAGGGCAGUCAUUCAAUGACAAGCGUAAAAAGAACCUCUUUUCCCGAAAAUUCCCCUUCUACAAGAACAAGGACCAGAGUGAGCAGGAAACAAGUGAUGCUGACCAGCAUGUAACUUCUAAUGCCAGCGAUAGUGAAAGUAGUUACCUAAUCUUGAUUACAGAUGAGUAUGGCUGCUCAAAAGGUGGUCAAGAAGAAUACGUCUUAUCUUAUGAACCAGUGAAUCAACAAGAAGUUAAUUAUACUCGACCAGUGAUCAUAUUGGGACCUAUGAAAGACAGGAUAAAUGAUGACUUGAUCUCAGAAUUUCCUGACAAAUUUGGAUCCUGUGUUCCUCAUACAACUAGACCAAAACGAGAUUAUGAGGUGGAUGGAAGAGAUUAUCAUUUUGUGACUUCAAGAGAGCAGAUGGAAAAAGAUAUCCAGGAACAUAAAUUCAUUGAAGCUGGCCAGUAUAACAAUCAUCUAUAUGGAACAAGCGUUCAGUCUGUGCGAGAAGUCGCAGAAAAGGGCAAACACUGUAUCCUUGAUGUGUCUGGAAAUGCCAUAAAGAGAUUACAGAUUGCACAGCUUUACCCUAUCUCCAUUUUUAUUAAACCCAAAUCCAUGGAAAAUAUCAUGGAAAUGAAUAAGCGUCUAACAGAAGAACAAGCCAGAAAAACAUUUGAGAGAGCCAUGAAACUGGAACAGGAGUUUACUGAACAUUUCACAGCUAUUGUACAGGGGGAUACGCUGGAAGACAUUUACAACCAAGUGAAACAGAUCAUAGAAGAACAGUCUGGUUCUUACAUCUGGGUUCCAGCAAAAGAAAAGUUAUGAAAACUCACGUUUCUCUGUUUGUUUUCCACAAUUCCAUUUUCUUCGGCAUCUCUUUGCCCGUUCCUCUGGAGUCUUUCUUCAGUACUGAUUUCAUGUUGAAUUAUAUCCCACACAUCAUGGUCUGCAAUUGCGCUUCUUUUUCACAUGUAGUGUCUCCUUCAAGUUACAUCGUGUGUAUUAUUUAAUGUCACUAUUGGUUAGUGGCCAUUUUUCAGAACUGAAGAUAGAAUGGCCUGACCAGCUAUUAAGAAUUUGGGGAGACGCAGAAAUUGUGGUAAAAAUCCUUAAUGUUUAAGGGAAAGUAACUUUAAGAGAUUUUUGGAAAAGCUUUAUAUACAUUCUUUUCAAAUUUCAGUACAAAUGAAAAAGUGGUUUUAAUCAGUGAUUUAGUAGACUUUGAGCAACUAUGCACGCUUAAGUUUAAUAGCAUGGUUUGGCCAAUGUAUUACUCUCAAGUCCUUUUCUCAAUCAACUUCUAUCGUCAAAGCAAUUGUUUCAUUAUAGAUAAAUAAGGAAAACAUUUUUUAAUUUAAAAAUUCAUGUCUGAGUUGACUUUCAUAAGGGAUUUCAUCUUUCCUCAGCAUUCUUAAAGCCUUUUAGUAUUUGAGGGUUCUUUUUUCCCAGGACAUUUGCUAGUUUCAAUGUUUUUAACCUACUUGAGCAACACUAUCGUGUCUUACAAAAGUUGUUCAUAUGUAAAUGAUCAUCACAUUUCGUGAAUUGAGGCCAUGUUCAGGUGCUAAGGAAGUUCACCUUUUACACAGAAGGUUGAGAAAAUUUCCUAGAUAUAAAUACAGAUAAAUCAGACAUUACAGUGGUGAUGUAGUAACCAUAAUGGCAAUGGAAAGGAGUCCAAUUCAUAGCCUAAAACUUAAAAUGUAUUCUUAGGAGUCAGAUUUUACUGAAUAUUUUACCCACAAUAGCUGCCUAUUUUGUUAUAAUAAAAUAUAUAUAAAUAUAUAUAUAAAACUUUCUUUAAACUGUAACUAUGGGAAUUAUUUUCUUUACAUAGUUGCACACACACACACACACACACAAACAUAUAUAUAUAUUUAAAAUAUAUUUUGUUUCUUUUGCCACCUACUCCUUUUUGUUUGGUUUUUAAAUUAAAUAUUAAUUGAAUAGACUUAUCUUCCUUGAUCAUGUGAACUGAAAAUGGGGACAUGGUGGUCAUGAGGAGGAAACAUUUAGGGAAAUGAGAUUCUAAGUAAAAUAUGGGCAUAUUCUCCUCUUUUCUACAAAAGUUUUCAAAUGGUUCCUGAGGUUUUUUGUUGUUGUUCUUGUUACUGUUCUUGUCAUCAGGUUUGAUUUUGGUCCUUGCCCUUUCCUGCUGGUUCUCGUUUUAUUAAUAGGAAGGCAGACAAAAGCCCCAUUUAUGUGUGUGUUUUCCCCUCAGACAGCUUUCAUCCACUGCUGUGCACUAGAAUUGCACAAAUCUUCAUGGUGAGCAAUUUUAAGAAAUGUUUGUUAGUGAAAGGUAGAAGUUAUUUCAGAAACCAGUUUCUCUGGUCCUUCAUAUUAAUAAUAAUAUCUGGCUUCCCAUUGCUCUUUGGAGUUGUUUAUUAAAUAUGUGUUUUUGACAACCUCCUCAUUACAGUUUCUUAAAGAAAUGAGUACUGGUUUGUAAAGAAUUAUCAGCAUUAUCCAUUCCAUUUAUGAAGAAGAGGAGAACAGCUAAUAAACUGUAUUGUAAAAUCCAUAUGUUAAGUGUGUCUUGAAUUUUGAAAGAAAAAAAUAUUUUGCAAGCUAACAUUUUCCUGAAACAAUUUGAGGCAUCAUGUAAUUUAUAACUGAAUUCAAGAGCCAUUAGGCAACAGAGUAUGUUAACACAUUGAAAUACACACAGUGUUGCUGUUACACUGAAUAUUGUAGGUUGUUAACCAAAUAGAAACAUACUAGUAUGAAGAAAAUUGUUGUAAAAUCUCAAGAGCUUCAGAAAUUGCCUUACAAGACCCCAGCAUAAGCUAUUUUGAAGUAUUUACCAAAUAGUCACAUGUUGUAAAAUAUCAAGUGGUUAUAAAAGGAUGCCAUUUAUGUAUUAAAAGCUACAUAACAUUAUUUUCUGGA